AUGCAGACGACGGGUUUUGAUGAAGAUAUUAGUCUCCAGCACGGCGGGAAAUCUCAUUUCCAUUCUGGUAUAGGCUCUAGACAAAAUCCAUCAUCUAGUUUAGCUCAAGACAAGUCAUCUAGUUUAGCUCAAGACAAUUCAUCUAGUUUAGCUCAAGACAAGUCAUCUAGUUUAGCUCAAGACAAGUCAUCUAGUUUAGCUCAAGACAAGUCAUCUAGUUUAGCUCAAGACAAGUCAUCUAGUUUAGCUCAAGACAAGUCAUCUAGUUUAGCUCAAGACAAGUCAUCUAGUUUAGCUCAAGACAAGUCAUCUAGUUUAGCUCAAGACAAGUCAUCUAGUUUAGCUCAAGACAAGUCAUCUAGUUUAGCUCAAGACAAGUCAUCUAGUUUAGCUCAAGAAGAUCCACCAUCUAGUUCCACUAAAGAAGAUCCACCACCUAGAUCAACUAAAGAAGAUCCACCACCUAGAUCCAAUCAAGAAGAUCCACCAUCUACUUCAAGUAGAAAAGAUCCACCAUCUAGUUCCACUAGAGAAGAUCCACCAUCUAGUUCCACUAGAGAAGAUCCACCAUCUAGUUCCACUAGAGAAGAUCCACCAUCUAGUUCCACUAGAGAAGAUCCACCAUCUAGUUCCACUAGAGAAGAUCCACCAUCUAGUUCCACUAGAGAAGAUCCACCAUCUAGUUCCACUAGAGAAGAUCCACCAUCUACUUCAAGUAGAAAAGACCCACCAUCUAGUUCCACUAAAGAAGAUCCACCAUCUAGUUCCACUAAAGAAGAUCCACCAUCUAGUCCCACUUUACCCCACCCACCAUGCAAUACCAGAGAGGGGGAAUAA